UGUAUUAAAAAAUGAGAUAAAAUCCUGAAGGAAAAAAAAUUAUAUAUAUAUACUCACUGAUAUGGCCUAGAAGCAAUGAUAUAUCCUACUACCCAUGGCUUAUCCGCUGGUUUCUGUAUACCAUUCUCCACUGUAAGGAACCAGAGUUUCAUGCCUUAUGGAACAAUGGUGGAUUCUAGGUCUAGGACAGGUAAUAUAUAAAGUGAACCUGAAAUAUCUCGUGCAAUUAAGUAAAGUGCACAAAAAUGAUUUCUUUGCAGGAAUGGCAAUAAAUGCAGAGGGAACGUGCGUCAGUUUCCUCAUCUGUUACAUGGGGAUAACUAUCUAACUUACAGGGUUGCAAUGCAGAAUGAGUAAGUUAAUAUGGGCUAAACACUAUGUUGGCUGUUGUCCCAUUGCCCCCGCGGGGCAGAAUACACCUCCCAGCGCCUCACUCCACCUGUGGAGCAGAUUCGGCGGGGCGACCAUAGAGGCGUGAGACCUCCGGGCUUGCUAGAAGGAAAGCGGCCGGAACGCCGUCCCGGAGGUGGCAAGCGUGACGCACUUCCGGCCUUUGUAGCCGGUCACUGUGCGGGCUGUGGUUGUCAAGGACCGGGAGGCGGUGGGGCCUGGCGGGGUGGCCUCUCCUCCCGCGGAUGCUCGAUUUUAGGGUUUUCAGAAGAAAAGAUCAAAGGGAGUCAUCAAGGAUAGAUUCUUUUUCUGAAUAGUGAAGCCUAAAAUGGCCACAGCCUCCGUCCUUCAGACUCCAGAGAUGCAGGAAGGACGUCUGGCAGUAAAGGUAGAAGAGGAAGAGGGGGAUUGUGCCUCUGGGCAGGAAUCUGGCCCGUGGAGAGAUCACCCGCAUAGCAGAGAGAUCUUCCGUAGACGCUUCAGGCAGUUCUGCUACCAGGAGACCCCUGGACCCCGCGAGGCUCUUCGAAGGCUCCGCGAGCUGUGCCGCCAGUGGCUGCGGCCCGAGACGCACAGCAAGGAGCAGAUCCUGGAGCUGCUGGUGCUGGAGCAGUUCCUGACCAUCCUGCCCGAGGAGCUCCAGGCCUGGGUGCGGGAGCACCACCCGGAGAGCGGGGAGCAGGCGGUGACCGUGCUGGAGGAUCUGGAGCGGGAGCUGGACGAGCCGGGAGAGCAGGUUCCAGCCUGUGCCCGUGAGCAGGAAGAGUUGGUGAAGGAGGAGGCAGGUCGGGGAGCAGCCCAGGACUCAUCAAGCAGCCAGCCCCCGACCUUGGAAGGGCCGCAUCAGUGCAGGUCGCGGGAGGUGUGCCUGCUUCGGGAGAUCGGGGAUGAGGCUGGGGCUUGGAGUGUGCAGUCAGCCCCGAAGAGGGAGCUCUGUAAAGAAAAGAAACGUCUUGUGGAAGUUCCUGAGAAACUGAACGGUGACACUCUUCUGGGGCCUGAGUGUGCAGACACAUGUGACCAGGAGGGCAGGUGGGAGAGGCAGCGGGCCAGCUCCUCGGCGGAGAGACCCUACGUCUGUGGUGAGUGUGGGAAGAGCUUCACCCAGAACUCCAUCCUGAUCGAGCACCAGAGGACACACACCGGGGAGAAGCCCUACGGGUGUGAUGAGUGCGGACGGGCCUUCAGCCAGCGCUCGGGUCUGUUCCAGCACCAGAGACUCCACACCGGGGAGAAGCGCUACCAGUGUGGCAUCUGUGGCAAAGCGUUCAGCCAGAACGCGGGGCUCUUCCAUCACCUCCGGAUCCACACGGGGGAGAAGCCCUUCCAGUGCAGCCAGUGCAGGAAGAGCUUCAGCCGACGUUCUGUCCUCAUUAAGCAUCAGCGAAUUCACACUGGAGAAAGGCCUUACGAAUGUGAAGACUGUGGCAAGAACUUUAUUUAUCACUGCAACCUCGUCCAGCAUCGGAAGGUCCACCCUGGGGUGGGUGCCGCUAGCCCCCUGGAGCAGGUCUCUCUGGACUCACACCCAGUUUUCCAUGCCAACGUCUCAGCUCUAUGAUGAAGCCACUGCUUCUGAAUAUAUACCUGUGUUAGAAUCACCUGGGUUGUUUGAACUGCAGUUUCCUGGGCACUACCACAGACCGGCUGAAUGUUUGUGAGGGCAGGACCUGGGAAUCUGCAUUUCAGCUAGCGUAUCGGUGGUUGUCAGACUUGAGGUAACUAUAUAUAAUGUAUUGCCCAAUCUAGGACACUUCUGAGAAUGAAAGGGAUUGCUGUUAAUAAUUACAGCCAGCCAAGAGGCAUAAAUCAGGAUGUAUGGUCUUCCUACUUAAGACUUUUCCUGCUGAGGAGAUAGAAGAAGAAGAGACAGAAAGAAUACAAUGUUCUCAUGAAAGCUAAGGUAGAGCAUCUAUGAAGGAGCUGUGGGAUGUUUAGGUGUAGCCACCUAGACCAAAGUAGCCACCGUCUGCCUGGUUUGAAAUAAUCCCCGUUAACACACUUAUUGGAUUAGGUAAGAAGGGGUGGGUAUGCCUAUAAAAACAACACCCACCCAGAAAAGCCCUCCCUCCCCCCCAAAAAAAACCCACAAACAACAACAAAACGCUUAAAAUAGCUAGUUACCUAAGAUGAGCCUGUUGAGACUAUGGCUUACCAGACAAGAGAGAUGACGUUCCAGAAGCAUAGGAGCAUUUCCGUGGUAGAGGAUCGAUGGACUAGUGAGGGCUGUUCACCUCUAACACACAGAGGAAGCGUGGGAAUAUAGCGCGCCAGAUCACAACCUCACGGGAAUAAGGCAGAGGGCAAGCCGUUUGAAGCAAGUAGCUAGGAUGAACGAGGUCCAGAUAUUGUGCCAAGUUUCCUAAGUUAUCAUAAUUGAUGCACAUUGUUCACGGGCUGUGCAACCAGAGCGCUCUUAACACCGCAGGGUACCAAACACGGGCUGACCAGGCCCCACAUUCCGCAGUUGCCCCGGGGCCAUUCACAGCGGGGACCGGGCAUGUGGCUUCCCCUCACUUUCUGCUAAUUCUGCAGAGUCAGGGAUCUGUAAGUGGUCAGGUUACUCAAAAGGACCGGAGUCACAUGCACAAAGAUUGAGACGGUGGACAGCAAACCAGCACCUGCCCCUCUUAAUGCCGCUUUGCUCAGGUGGGUGUCGAUUAUUGCUUCAGACCCUGGGGGCCGAGUGGACCAGGGUCCUAGGGAACGGAGGACUGCGUCGCAUUCCCUCAGUGUAACAGAGAGACGGGCCCAGGCUGAGUGGCUGCUGGACACCCGGUGGACCCGCCUGCGCUGUGCAGAGGCCACCGAGGGCCCCUGCGGUGGGAGCCGGCCAACCACUGAGAUGCAGGACCUCUGUGCUUCCUAGAGGGGCGGUGUGGAGCGGGUGGAGGCGUGCCCGGGCGCCGUGACGUACUUCCGGUCUCGUGUGAGCCACGGCUAGCGCGAGCCUUUUCCGGCGAGAGGCGCCCGCGAGGCUUGGUGGCCGCUCCCCGAGACGCAGGCUCGUCUGUGUCGCCGCCCGCGGACGUGGACGCGAGCGCUGCGCGGACCACCCGCUUCGGGGCUCCGGGCGCUGGUACGUCUUUACGGCCGGCGGUGGUUUUCUGUCCCCCUCCGGAGUCCUGUUUUCAUCGAGGCCUUCGUGGCGGUGGUCAUAACCUUGCACGCCAGUGCCGGGAGGGUUCGUCCCGGAGGACGUACGGUGACGGGAUCUCAGGACUCAGAAAACGGAGGAAAGUGUGAUUUCCUCGGCUCAGAGAACGUUGAGAAGUGGGCGCGUCCUUCGAGCGGACAUGGGCUGCCGGUCGCGUAGUGCGGGUCUCCAGGUGCUUUUAAGACCCCUCCAGCUCACAGUGCCGUGGGGACGAGGGGAACACCCCUGCGAUACCGCGCGGAUGCCCGGAGCCGGGGGUGGGGGCACCUCCCGGAGAGGCGGAGAGCUGAGCGGAAACGGGCGACCGGAGGCAGCCGAGGGAAGGUGGGUGUGCUGUGGCCGGGGCGGAGAGGAUGAGCAGGUGACAGCUGCGAUACCCCAGGGAACUUGGACUUGAAAAGGCAGUGUGCCUCUCCGUCCUUUCCGUGUGACGGCCCCCGCACAGAAUGCACGCGAUGUGUGUGCGCACACUGCCUCGCAGAAGGGAGCAGGCCCCGGCUACGCUGCCCCGGGUCCGCGCGCGGCCGCCUCGUAGCCCAGGUGGUCAAUGUGCUGGCGCUGCUCCGGGAGGCGGACUCCGCAGAGACGGGAGUCCCUGUCUUCACGCACGGGAGCAGCGUCAUCUUACUAGGCUUCUAGAAAUUCCAGGAGCGGGGUGGCAGAUGGAUUGGAAGGGGGUAGGACUGGAAGCAAGAGAGGGGAGAGAUGCGCAGGCGUCACGGAGAGAGCCGGUACUGUGAGUUGGUGAAAGCCAGGUGCUGGCCGUGGAAGUGACGAGGGUGGAGUGGGUUGUGUGGAAGACGCGGAUUUAACUCCACUUGAUGUCUAAGGGAGAACGAUUGUUGAAAAGGUGCUGAGGACAAUGCCCGGCACGUAGUACGUAUUACAAGCUUUAUUUUUAACAUAGGGAUGAUUAGGUUUUUGGAUUAGUAGAUGGUAAGGGGAAUGAAUGUGUCAUUUUUCAACGUUUUUUAUUUAUUUUUGGGACAGAGAGAGACAGAGCAUGAACGGGGGAGGGGCAGAGAGAGAGGGAGACACAGAAUCGGAAACAGGCUCCAGGCUCCGAGCCAUCAGCCCAGAGCCUGACGCGGGGCUCGAACUCACGGACCGCGAGAUCGUGACCUGGCUGAAGUCGGACGCUUAACCGACUGCACCACCCAGGCGCCCCUGAAUGUGUCAUUUUUAAAGAAAUGGGUAGGGCCACCUGAAUGGCUCAGUCGUUAAGUGUCCGGCUCUUGGUUUCGGCUCAAGAUCUUGUGGUUUCUGGGAGCCCCAGUUGGGCUCUGUGCUGACAGUGCCGGAGCAAAGUAAAGUUAAAAAAAAAUAAAAAGAAAUGAGUAAUUUUGGAAGAGCCAUUGAUUAUGAGGGGGAAACGAUGAGUUAAUUUUUGGUGGUGUUGAGGUGCUUUUAAGACCUAGGACUGGAAGAGUCUUAUACCAUUGGACUACAAUGGUCUUGAUCUCCAAAGUAAGACUGGGAAAAGAGAAUAGAUUUAGGAGUUGUUAGGUGAAAGCGUCUCAGUUCUCAGAUGCUACUGAAUGGACGAGAUUGCCCAGAAUGAAUGUGGAAUGAGAAGGCCGGAUCCCAGCUUGGGGUAACCGGACAUUUCUUGGCAAGCUGAAGAAAAGCCAUAAAGUGGACUUAAGAAUGAGCUUUUGACAAGUCCUUAUAUAAGCUUGAGCACCAAGUGUUGGUCUAAGCACUUUACAAAAGCCAGCUCAUGGGAAAACGGCCAGAAGAUUGCAGUUCCUUAGAAGAUUGGGAGUGGUUAGAGUGUUAGGGACUGCGGGGGCAUCUGGUAAGUAAAGGACUGAAAAAUACUCACUGGGUUUGUAUACAAGGGGGGCUUUGGUUAAUUGACUUGGGCCCCCUAACUCAAAUGUGGGACACCCCAACUGACAUGCACACUGUUCUUUUCUAAAACUAAAAAUGCCUUUGAAAGAAUCUAGCAUAAUUCUUGGCACAGAGAGGUUGAUUUAUAAAUAUGAUUGACUAAAUCUGUGACACGCAAUUCAAGUAAGCAAAGCUGUUUGCGUUGUUUUUGUUAUCGGGAUAUUUCACGUUAUCUGAAUAUUUCACUUCAGUUUCUAGAUCUAAAAGCUACUAGUAUUGUUCUGUAGUCCUAAAGUAACCGAAUUGUCUAUAAAUCAAUUUUAGGACAUUUUUCUAAUGACAUUUUGUGCUUGUCUUAUCUUUUACAGGGCCUCUUUACCUUCAAAUCAUUGACUUGACCACAGCGAUUCACUCUGAGUAAAUAUGUUCUUAGUUUGGAGUUGAUCUCUGUUAACAGUGAUGUGUUAUGCCUUAUCACCAGCCUUAUUAAGCCCCUGCUACUGUUGUGGUGAACUGCUUUGCCCAGGAAUGAUUCAGUCCAACCCUUUUGGGCUGCAGAAGAACAGAAGGGAUGUCAAAUAGUUAAAGCAUCUAGCCUGCACAGAAAUGGUGCUUCUGACAGUUCUUCGGACAAAACUCAUGGCAGUUCUGUUAGGAGGAUUCCCUUGGGCCUCAGGAGUCCGGCUCCAGGCAGGCUCUCCGCCGCCAGUAGCUGCGGCCCGAGACGCACAGCAAGGAGCAGAUCCUGGAGCUGCUGGUGCUGGAGCAGCUCCUGACCAUCCUGCCCGAGGAGCUCCAGGCCUGGGUGCGGGGGCAGCAUCCAGUGUAUAGGGAGGAGGCUGUUACUGGACUGGGGGCUUGUUGAGGAAGCUGGACCAUCCAGGAGGAAGGUGAGAUAAGGAAGAAACAAUCUAUUACCAGAGGCAGGUAUUCUCUCCAGAGAGAGAGCAGAGACUUGAAGUUUCCUCUCAAGUGUAGUGAGAGGAAAUGGCUAAGAUGCAUGGGCCAGAGUUGUGUUCCCCUCCCUGUCCGUUUAUUCCCUGUCCUUGUAGGUCAAAGGAAACUCUGCUUUCUGUCGUCCUCUUCUGUUCCCCGAUUAAUACUGGGAUCUAAGCUCUAGAACCCUAGCAGAUACCACCCUGGUCAAAUUUCUCUAAUUGUCCCUGGGUCCUUUGUCCUCCUGUGGGGACAGGAAGGGCAAACGAGGGCCCUAAGGGCAAAUGGCUUGCCUGGCAGCAGCAUUAAGACUCACGGGGUGGGGAGGGCAGGGCAGCUCCAGCCAGAAACAGGGCAGCUCAGAUCUGAAUCUACUGAGGAGAAAGAGGAGAUCCUACCGGGGAAAAGAUCAGAAAUGUCUUUUGCGUUUUUCCAAAUGAACCUCAUCACUAAACCUUUUGCCUACCUUUCACUUGAUGUCUUCUUUCAUUUUUACCUUGUCCCUCUAAGCACAUUGUUUUAACCUUGAUUGUCAUUCUCCCUUCACUACUUUGCACUAACAUUGUUGAAAAUCCUGCUUCUAUUGAAGGGUUGUUUCUCCAUUCUAACUGAAUACUGCCAGCUUCCCUGGGCCUGACCUUUUAUGCCAAAGGCAGGACGACAUUUUUCUACAUUGAAGCCAAUAGAAAAUGACUCAAAGGCUACAUACAAUAGAAAAGUUAUUAAAUGUGCAUUUUCAAAGACUUCGUGUAGAAAACAAAACUUAUUUAGUAUUUUUAUGUGCUCAUUGGACAAGCACACAUAUAUGCCCAAAUUGUAAUCAUACUGAACAUACCAACUGACAGUACUUUUAAAUUUAGUAUUACAUUAUGGACAUAUUUCCCAAGAGUUACAUGUAAUGUAUACAUAUGGCUGACAUAAGUUCCAUUGUACAGAUAUCAAAUUAUUUUUCAUUUUUACUUUAAUCAUGUCUUUAUUAAAAAUUAGCUGUCCAGAAUGAUUUGACAUUUAUGGAACAAAUAAACUGAAGCUUAUGCAGCAGG